UUUCAUACGUAUGAAAGGAACAACAUAUUCUUACCUUUACCACCAGAUAAAUGUUUGUCUAAAACAAAAACUAAGUGCACUAUGUCUUCUCUACAGUUCUUAUUGGUCUGUGCCCUUGUGGCUGUCGCCUGUUCGUAUGAUCCGGCCUACCUAGUGAGUACAUCCUACAGUGAGCAAUAUCCCAAAACUAACGCUGUUCCGGUCUAUUGCAACAAAAGGACAGACCCUGAAUAUAUUGCGGAUUCAAAAACUUGCAACGGCUAUUACAAAUGUCGCUACGGUAAAUAUGAAUACAAGGAAUGCAACAAAGAACACAGAUAUGAUGCUUCUAAAGGGGACUGUGUCAAAGAUAAAACCUGUGUUUACGGCAACGCCGCUGCCUACACUACGAGCAACUCACAAACUGUUACCAGCACCACCAAAGCGCCCACCUCAACCUACAACCUUAACCCCGUGUAUCCGCCUUUCAAUCCAUAUACUGCUGCCAAUACGUCAAACAAUUAUCCAACUAAUCCCACCAACUCGCCAAACAAUUAUCCAACUAAUCCCACCAACUCGCCUUACAAUUAUCCAACUAAUCCCACCAACUCGCCAAACAAUUAUCCAACUAAUCCCACCAACUCGCCAAACAAUUAUCCAACUAAUCCCACCAACUCGCCUUACAAUUAUCCAACUAAUCCCACCAACUCGCCAAACAAUUAUCCAACUAAUCCCACCAACUUGCCAAACAAUUAUCCAACUAAUCCCACCAACUUGCCAAACAAUUAUCCAACUAAUCCCACCAACUCGCCUUACAAUUAUCCAACUAAUCCCACCAACUCGCCAAACAAUUAUCCAACUAAUCCCACCAACUCGCUAAACAAUUAUCCAACUAAUCCCACCAACUCGCCAAGGAAUUAUCCAACUAAUCCCACCAACUUGCCAAACAAUUAUCCAACUAAUCCCACCAACUCGCCUUACAAUUAUCCAACUAAUCCCACCAACUCGCCUUACAAUUAUCCAACUAAUCCCACCAAGUCGCCUUACAAUUAUCCAACUAAUCCCACCAACUCGCCAAACAAUUAUCCAACUAAUCCCACCAACUUGCCAAACAAUUAUCCAACUAAUCCCACCAACUUGCCAAACAAUUAUCCUAUGAAUAACCCAACAAAUCUUGUCUUCAAUCCUAGCAAGCAACCAGACCCCGCCUACAACAGCGCUCAAAGAACAAAUGGCUUAAGUCCUAACAACUAUCAGCCUUCUCCAGCUUUUGUCCCUCCAAACUACAUUCCAACAAAUAAUUACCCAAUCAAUGUACCCAAUCUCGAUAGGUAUCCGAAUCCCAUUUAUCCUCCUGCGCAGUCCAACCAACCAAAUUACGAUCCAAUCAAUAAUUACCCAAUUAAUCUACCCAAUUCCAAUAACUACCUGAAUCCCAUUUACCCAAGCAAUUUACCCGAUCGUGCUUAUUAUCCGAAUCCCAGUAUUCUCCCUGCACCUUCCAAACAAUCUAACUACAAUCCGUCUAAUAAUUACCCAAUCAAUCAACCCAAACGUGUUUAUAACCCCAACCCUAGUAACCCACCCGAGCCUUAUAACCAACAGCCCUAUCCUUAUGCCAAUAGUCCGACAAGAAAUUACCAGCCGGGAACGCCCUACGUUGACCCUAACGAAGAUCCAGCAUUCCUUCCAUAUAAUUUGGCUAAUGGAUUUACUUCUGAUGCAGCAGACAACCAAGCAUAUAAUGCUGAUGAUAAUGAGAAUAACGAGGAGCCAUAUGACACUGCCAACGAUGCCCAAAACGAUGCCCAAAACUAUAAUCCACCUCAAACUUCUUACGUUGCCCCUACUAACAGUAAUCCUCCCAUAACUUCUAAUGUUGCCCCUCCUAACACUUAUCCAGCCUCAACCUCUUAUGUUGACCCAUCAGAAGUUUAUCUGAAUGAGCUUUUCAAUUCUGACAAUGCUCCAACUUCCUACAAGGAAAACAAUCUAAACUGUAAGGACAUAACUGUAAGAGGCGACUACAGCAGUGCACAACCUAAUGUUCCUGGCGUGUAUCCAUGUAAUGCAGACCUUCAAUGCCAGACUUAUUCCAUUACUGGAUCGUGCAAGGGAUAUUUCUUGUGUUGGAAUAAUGAAUCCAUCUACCAAGAGUGUCCGAAGUACCAGAGUUUUAAUGCAACAUCUGGUUUGUGUGUCAACAGCAACACUUGCAACUGACACGAUGAAGUCAUUCAUCAGAUAUGAACAAGAUUAUCUCCUGAACAGAAUCUGUAGACUAUGUAGACAUUUCGGAAACGGGAAUUCUUGAACAUCUAAAAAUAAAAUGAACUUUCAAUGUAAACCUUUACAUUGUUUGAAGAA